CGAAUUUGAGUAAGUAGAUCAGAAAAAAUUAGGGCUGUGAUGGUCAAUGGCGAUAUAAAACCCUGGACUCGACUCUCAGUUCUAAGCUCCCACAUUACACCUUCUCUUUCCAUUUCCAUGGCUUCUUCUGAGAAGGAAGCGGCUCUUGCAGCCGUCCCCUCCGAUUCCCCCACCAUAUUUGACAAAAUCAUUAACAAAGAAAUUCCAUCUACGGUGGUCUUUGAGGAUGACAAGGUCCUUGCUUUUAGGGACAUAUCACCUCAAGCUCCUACACAUAUUCUAAUCAUUCCAAAAGUUAAGGAUGGGUUAUCUGGAUUAUCUAAGGCCGAGGAGAGGCACACGGAGAUUCUCGGCCACCUUCUUUACACCGCCAAGCUCAUAGCCGAGCAAGAAGGGCUGGACGAUGGCUUUAGAAUUGUAAUUAACGAUGGACCAAGUGGAUGUCAAUCGGUUUAUCAUCUUCAUGUUCACCUUCUUGGGGGGCGACAAAUGAACUGGCCCCCAGGUUAAGAUAACCCUUAAAUUAAGGUUGGAAUGCACAUUCAUAGCUAAUAAACCUAUGUCUAUGUUAUCAUCUACCUAUCCGAAAAUUCUAUCAACUGCUGCUGUGACUUGCGGUGUCAACAUCAUUCAUAGCUAAUAAACCUAUGUCUGUUGUUUUCUUGAAUAUCGAAAUUAAUAAUGGAUGCCCGGUACUUUCCCCAGAUAUGGAAAUGCA